GAAUUUGUUUAUCUGAAUUUAGGUAAAAAACCCCACCUUAGCAGGUUGCAAUUCUUAGCCUAGUUCAUCAAAAUCACGCACAUAUUUGGUGUUGCCCAUUGAAUGUGCUGAACAUGACGGGUAAGUGGAUCCGUGUACCACUACCCAAUGAAGAACCGACACGUCGAAAUUCUAACAGUUGAGUACGUUUUAAACAUAUAUUGUGUAUGAUUGCACAUAUAGUUUAAUAAGUUUUGUUUAUAUGUAUAUAUAUGUAGUCUAACUGUGCAUAAAUAUAGACGCAAUUUGUGGUAUUUGAGGAAGGGUUUGUUGUGCUAUUUUGUUACAAAAUAAUUGUUUGCGUUGCUAAGCGAAAGGAAUGGCGUCUACUCCUGGUAUUCUAACACAUUGGCCAUGGGAGCCUCUUGGAAACUUUAAGUAUAUUUUAGUAGCACCUUUUGCAGUCCACAGCUUAUACUUGUUUGCUGUUGGAGCUGAGGACUGGAAUCUUACCUAUCUAUUGAUAUUCCCAUUUAUGCUAUGGAGGAUGCUUCACAACCAACUAUGGAUCAGUUUUUCUCGGUAUCGAACCGCCAAAGGCAACAAUCUCAUUGUUGAUAAAAGUAUCGAUUUUGAGCAAGUUGAUAGGGAAAGAAAUUGGGAUGAUCAGAUAAUGUUAAUGGGUAUCUUAUUCUAUGCUGUCUAUUGGGGGGUAGACAUCGUAGCUAAGAUCCCCUUCUGGAGAGCUGAUGGUUUGCUCUUGACAUUCCUAAUUCACAGUGGUCCUGUGGAGUUUCUCUACUACUGGUUCCAUCGCGCUUUGCAUCAUCACUACCUCUACUCGCGUUACCACUCUCAUCACCAUUCUUCGAUUGUGACCGAGCCAAUUACUUCGGUGAUUCAUCCAUUUGGUGAGCACAUUGUAUACUUCAUUCUCUUUGCCAUACCAAUGGUAACAACUGCUCUAAUUACUCGAACGGGCUCUAUAGUUUCCGUGUCCAUCUAUAUCUCCUACAUUGACUUGAUGAACAACAUGGGUCACUGCAAUUUCGAGGUCAUUCCUAAAUGGGCGUUCACCAUAUUUCCUCCACUCAAGUAUCUCAUGUACACUCCUUCGUUUCAUUCUCUGCAUCACACUCAAUUUAGGACAAACUACUCACUCUUCAUGCCAUUCUAUGACUACAUUUAUGGAACUAUGGACAAGUCGACGGAUACUCUGUACGAAACUUCUCUUAAGAAGCCAGAGGAUGUGCCAGAAGCUGUUCAUCUUACUCAUCUGACAACACCAGAAUCAGUCUACCACCUUAGGCUAGGAUUUGCUGGUCUUGCCUCGAACCCCCUGACAUCCAAAUGGUAUCUGUGGCUCAUGUGGCCUGUUACAUUAUGCUCCAUGAUAUCGGCAUGGAUAUAUGGUCGUACAUUCAUCAUCGAAAGAAAUACCUUUAAGAAGAUCAAGGCACAAUCAUGGGCUGUACCUCGAUACAGGAUACAUUAUCGUUUACAAUGGCAGCGGGAGGCUAUCAACAAGUUGAUCGAAGAAGCCAUACUCGAGGCAGAGGAGAAAGGGAUCAAAGUAGUGAGCUUAGGACUUUUGAAUCAGGGGGAGCAUUUCAAUAGAAACGGCGAAAUCUACUUGGAAAGGCACCCUAAGCUCAAAGUGAAAGUGGUAGAUGGUAGUAGCUUAGCAGUCACGGUAGUGCUUAAUAGUAUCCCAGUGGGAACUUCUCAGGUUCUGUUUAGAGGUCGUCUCUCAAAGGUUGCUUAUUCAGUUGUCUCCGCGCUUUGUCACAAGGGCAUCCAGGUUACUACCAUCAAAAAGGCUGAAUUUGAAAAACUUAAAAAGGCUCUGAAUACUGAAGAUGGCAAUAAUCUGGCCCUUUCAACAAAAGGCUACAAUCAGAAGGUAUGGUUAGUAGGAGAAGAUUUGACAGAAAUCGAGCAGUCUAAGGCGUCGAAGGGAACUAUAAUAAUCCCUUUCUCUCAAUUCCCUCCCAAGAAAACAAGGAAAGACUGCUUCUAUCUCAACACACCAUCAUUAGUUGCUCCUAAAUCUUUUGGAAACUUGCAUUCUUGUGAGAAUUGGCUGCCAAGAAGGGUGAUUAGCGCGUGGCGUGUGGCCGGAAUUGUACAUGCCCUAGAAGGAUGGAAUGUACAUGAAUGUGGUGAUAGGGUCUUCGACGUUGACAAAAUAUGGGAAGCUUCCCUUCAACAUGGAUUUCGCCCUUCCAGCUUGAUCCCUGCUUAGUGCUUAGUUGGUUUAGUUGUGAUAAAAUGCAACUAGUGUUUUAUGCAUAUGAAUUUUAAUUAAGAUGAACAAGCUCAGGAGGUCCAUUUCCUGUCUUUCAAUUCAGAUCGAACUUGUCAAGGUUUGAUAUGUAUCUAUGUUGCGAGUUGUGAUGAAUUUUAAUUACUAGUAAGAUCUUUGCUAGGGUAAUUUAAUUUCUCUAUGGUUGAUCGUAGUAAGUAGUAAUUAAGAAGGGUUUUAUGUUCCUAGUUGUGUUGGUUGUGCAAUCGAUCAACUAGGAAAAUCGUCAACGUGUAAGGCUUUGUUUGGUUGGACAGAAAAUGUGUUUUUUUAGAGAAUGCAAUUUAUGAUUAAUUGUUCUUUGUUUUGUUCAGUAGAA